AAUAAGGAAUGGAUCAUAAUCACAUUAUGUAAAAGACACAGUGUAUGAAAGAAAUGCUUUUAUCUUUCCUGUUUCUAGAUACAUGCCCGUGUGCAAAUAUGUAUGACAUAAACUCUGCCAUACCUCCCCACUGCCAGACCAAGUUAGUCUGACAGUGGGGAGGUAGUCUGAUUCAACAGUUAUUAGUGACAAUCAAGAUAAUACUUUCAGUGUAAUCCAAGCAGACACAAAGAAAACAGACUUUCGUCAACCAAAGACUCACGGCGUGAGUUUGACUUGGUGAUUGCGCUGACCCCUGCUGUAGGGGAGCGGCAGCUGACAAUAAUAUGCUGUAAAAUGCUAAAAUGAUUAGGCCUUCAUUACAAGAGACUAGGCAGAAAAUGUAAGUAAUUAGUUUGCAUGUUUGUAUUGGCGUGCACAAUUUGACACCUGUCGUGUAUGUGACAAUACUUUGUGAAGAGAAAAGAGUUAAGUCUAUGAUAGAAAAAAAAGAGAGGAGGAGGAGGAGAGAGACCCGCUACUGUCAAAGGCAUAAAGGAAAGGAGAGAGGGACAACACUGUUAAAUAUCAAAAAAAAAAAUAAGGGACAGAAAAGUUAGUCUAAGGAGGGCAACACCGUAGAGCAUGUAGGGCAGGAAGGAGGUCAUGCACAGAGAAGACCAUAAGUGAUUAUGAUGUGAGGGGCAUAGGUGGGAUUGGGUAGAAGUGGGCGGGAGUUAAACUCCCUGCACAGAUGGUAGUCUGGAAUUAGAUUUCAGUGGUCAACUAAACUCAUUAAAAGGCCACUACUUAAAUAGCAGACACACUGCUGAAAAACCUAAAGCUAGAUUUGAAAAUCCACCUGCGGCCUUGUUUACAGAGUUUUCCCGAACAAGUCUGCUAAUCUGCAAGCUAAUUUACCAAACUGAUGUUUGAGGUUUCAUUAUUCGUGGUGCUCAAAUUCUUCUAAAUUUCACAAAGUUGUAAUUACAAAGAUAGAGGGAAAUGCCUCUUAACCUCUUUUGAAUGAUUAAUAUUGUCUAAUUGAAUAAGAUUAUUAAGUCCCUGGAUAAAACAUCAAGACAGGACAUUCCUAUAAUGCAGUCUGUAUCCAUAAAUUAACAAAACAAUUAACUCAUUUCAGCCAUAUGCUGUUGAUUUUUAAAAACUUCCAGACCCAAUAGAGAAAUCCAGGGGUUCAUUUCAGUCAAACGCUCAGCCACCUUAAAUCCCGCAUUAACAGAAUUAACCCAGUCGCCCACAGUAGGAGUGAGUUUCCCCCUGCCCUCCUUAUCUCUCACUGUCUUACUGUCAAGUCAGACACUCGACUCUCCAGCCAUCGUCUACACACAGUCACUUGCUUGUUUGGGCUCUAACAUCGAAAGAAGAAGUCAACAAGAAUAUAUUUGGACAAAGAAGACAAUCAGGUGGUCGAGGAGAGGAAAGCCUCUGAAAAACUCAAGAGGCAAAUACUUGCCCGGGACAGAACAGACAUAUAACUAAGACAAUAAGAGCAACUACAAUGGGAAAUGCCACCAGCAGCGCAUUGUCAAAGGAGAUCCUGGAGGACCUCAAGCUCAGCACCAAGUUCACUGAAAAUGAGAUCUGCCAGUGGUACGAGAACUUCCAGAAGCAGUGCCCGACGGGACGCAUAACACCAGAAGAGUUUGAGCAGAUCUACGCCCGCUUCUUCCCAGAGAGCGAUGCCAAGAGCUACGCUCGACAUGUGUUUCGCUCCUUCGACACCAACGAUGACGGCACUUUGGAUUUCAAGGAGUACAUCAUUGCACUGCACAUGACCUCCACCGGGAAGACGACCCGCAAACUGGAGUGGGCCUUCUCGCUGUUCGAUGUGGACAAGAACGGAUACAUCAACAAGACGGAAGUGACGGAGAUCUGCCAGGCUAUAUUUAAGCUGAUCCCCAAGGAGGAGCAGAGCAAGCUACCAGAGGAUGAGAACACACCCGAGAAGAGAGCCAACAAGCUGUGGGCUUACUUUGAAAAGAGAGACAACGAGCGACUGGCUGAGGGAGAGUUCAUCAAAGGAGUCAUCGAAAACGAGAAUGCAAUGCGUCUUAUCCACUAUGAACCGAUCAAACAGUAAAUGUCGGUCCUUCUCGUCCCCUCUUCUGAUUUCACUUCUGCUAUACUCUUGCCACACUUCUAAAACUUUUGUUUUCCUCAAAGGAAAAAGCCUCAUACAUUUCUCUCCUCCCUCCACUUUAAUCCACACAACUCCUCUGUGUAAAUACUCUUCUCAGCAGUGUCUUGGUUGCAACUAACCUUUCAGUAAUGUUCUUGCAUGUGAAAUUGUUUUAUUGAUGCUUGUCAAUGAAUUUGUUCUAAAUAUAGCCUAAAAGAGGAACAUUGUGGCAAAGUGUUGGCAUGUACAGACAAAAAGAAGAAUUGUGGUGAUUACAUUGAUGCAGUACACAUUUGAUUCAAACUUGUUUUUUUUUUCUCUCUCUGGAGAAAUUGAUUGUUAAUGACAGUUUACAUACGUAUCUCACCAGGUUUUUAGCGUAUUAAAGCUUUUAUACAGAAUUUGUCUCAGUAGAGGGUGUAUAGGUUCACAAGUGUUCAGUUCUAUUCACUGCACAAUAAAUUAAAGGUUUUCUCAUA